UGUAGUACCACUGUACUGUAUGGUGUGUGAGAGUGUAAUACCACUGUACUGUAUGGUGUGAGAGUGUAGUACCACUGUACUGUAUGGUGUGAGAGUGUAGUACCACUGUACUGUAUGGUGUCGUUAUUAUGUGUUCGGGUUAAGUGAGAUUCUAGUGCAGUAAUCUUCUGUCGUGUAUCAUUUUAAUAUAUUUCUGUCAUUUUGUAUCGCACUGUUUUAAAUAAAAUAAAAAAAAAUCCGAUGACAUUCGUCACUCGACCUCUGUGGUGAGCGGACUUGCGUUUGACUGUCCUCUGCUGGCCGUUGGAGCGAGCUGGGAUUUUCUCAACAUGGUGCAGCAGGGAAGGAGGAGGAUUAGCACCGUCUGUAUGGAGCUGGUGCGUGGGGCUGUGACGGCCCAAACAGCCUCUGUUCUUCUGCCAGCCAUCAUCAGGGAUACUUAUGGAGUGGCUGAUGAAGAACUUAAUGAAGUAGCACUUAAUGGGGCCUAUCAGGUCUUUGUUAAGCUCCAAUCAGUGUCUACGAGCGGCUCGUGGACAGAUUUCAAGAUGGUUAAGUGGUUGUUAAUCCUGCUGUCACAGUGAGGCUGAUACCUCUCGUUACUUCACGUGGGUUAAGGUGCGUAACGUGCCUUUCGAGGCCGAUGAGGCCGAUUUACGAGAAGGAUUCGGCAGAUAUGGAACUGCAAGUGGUGACCAUUGGGAAGUGGAUGGAGGGCACAUAUGCUGGCCUCCUUGAAGGUACCUUCGCUCUGAAGACGACAUUGAAGCACCCUAUCCCAUUGUAAGUGGUGUUUGAUGACUUUCGUAUGCAAGUGAUGGUUUCCUAUGCAGGGCACCACAGUACUUGUCGCCUUUGUGGGGCAUAUGCUCACAUUGCAGUGCAAUGUGGUCCCCAACAGUGGAAGGAUGUGGGGCAUCAUCCCAUGGCAGAGCCCGUCCAGGAGGUGACGGUUGUGCCUGAGUCGCGUGCACGUCAGAAGACGUCAUCGUGGAGUGCAGAGGUGGAGUGGGAUGAGCUGCUUGAGAGGACAUGUGUGACUACCUGGGGAGUCUUCCUCCGUUUGCCCGGUUAUGAAGGGUGGGGAGAGCGGGACACUCGAGGAGGAGAGAGUGGUAGAGGACACGUUAACUACUGUGCUGCAUGGUUUGUUGGAACUGCCUGGUGUGGCGGAUGAAGAGGGGCUUCUAGAGACCCUCAAGAACAUAUCUGGUCUGAGGUCACAGGAUGUGGUGGAGCUGGUUGUGGGGCAGGAUGCCUGCGUGGAUGUAUUCACUGUGGAGGUGGUGGUUCAUAACGAAGGCCCUCUGGAGGUGGCUAUGGAAGCAGAGAGCGGGUCAUGCAAAAGGGCGGCAGCGCUGUCAAACUCUGAUGACGUCCUCACCCCAGUGCAGAGGCCUGGCAAGAAGGUGUGGGCAGAGGUGGCAUGGGGCGGCCCUCAGGGCCCCAGUGGUGGCUAAAGGAGGUCAUCGUGUGUCUGGUAGUGAGAAUGGUGGCAGACACUGGCAGGCAUCUAGUGGCGUGUCAGUGCCGAAGGGGCACAAGGUACUGCUGGCUUGAAAUGUCUAUCAGUAAAUUUGAAUGGGUUGUGAAAUAGUAAAGUAUAUGUGGCUCACGGAUUUUCUCCGUAGGUAUGUGGUGGAUGUAGCAUUUGUGCAAGAUCACAAUUACAAAGCCGAGUGCGAGUUGGUAACGGAUGGUUUCGAGGCAUUUGUGGCACAUUCGACUUGAUUGAA